UCAAAAAUUCAAUGGUAGGUUUUGAAUUUUGUGGACAAUAAUAUUGCAGUCAUAAUCAUGUCGUGAUUGAAAAUGACUUCUAAACAAAAGGACAAGGAUAGGAAGAAGACCUCAUCCACCCCUGCUGUUGAAACACUCGUAUCAGGGCGCACACCACGCGCCACAGCCGGAAAUCGUCUCGGUAAACUUUUGAAUGAAGAAACUGAGGAUGAUUUCUACAAAACUGCUCUUGGCGGAUUCGAAGAGGAAUCGGGCGAUGAAGAGUAUGAAACGGAGGACGAUGCUGGAGACAUAGUUGACUCUGACUUUGAUAAUGAUGAAGGUGAAGAUGCUGCUGCUCAAGAUGGCUCAGAUUUCGAAGAACCGGCCAAGAAACGAGCUAAAACUACUUACAAAGAUCCACGUGCUAAGAAAGCUGCAGAUACCACUAGUCGUAAGCGGAUAUCUACCCCUAAAAAGGCAACACAAACUACCAGUGAGACCAAAUCAACGUCAACAGCAGUGGAUUUAACUCCCAUCAAAUCUGAAAAGAAUGAUCAAGCCGAAGGUGCUCAAAGCACGCGGAAAUCCUAUCGUCUGGCCACUGUUGAGCAGCGGCGUGAGCAUGAGAAGCGACAGCUGGAAUCACAAAGUAAGCCAAAGAAGGCUGUGAAAGUUGUUCAGUUCCGUAAGCUUUCUCAAGAAGAGCUGCUUGCUGAAGCAGUGGAGACUGAACGGGAGAAUUUGGCAUCGCUAGCAGCUUACCGCCGGCUUGAGGAGGAACGGAAAAAGUCCAAGCACCCCAAGGCAAAGAUUGUUGGUCCUAGCAUACGCUUCAUAUCCACCACACUGCCCAUGCUGGGUAAGGUGAAGAUAUCAGAUAGGACCAUCUCAGCUGCUGUAGACGGUGCAACACCGCCAACCACUGAUGCGACUGCAAGCAGUGGAGAUCAAACUGAUGAUACUGACACAUGGCCUAGGAAAUAUGCAAGAAACUUCUUGUCAUUCUCAGACAACGUGGCGACGCACUUUGAUCAUCAGCCGGUGUUGAAGGCACCGACACCUUUGAUUUGCCCAGUGACUGGACUUCCAGCGAAGUAUCGCGAUCCUGUUACCGGGAAGGCUUAUGCUACUGCUGAAGCAUUUCAUAUUAUUCGCACGCGUUAUGCUCGUGAUCAACAUCGUUUGCAGCAGAGAGUACAAGAGAAAGGCUAAUGAGAUUGAGCAUUGGCUGUGUUGUAAGUAGGCAUAAACACACUGUGUUGUAUAUAUUACUAAAUAAUCAACUUGUAUUAUAUCACGCUCCUCGUCGUUCAGACUUGCACCACUGGAGGUCGUACAGCACCCGUGUGAGCUGUACUCCUCUCUGCUGUAUAUAGGCUGUAUAUAGGGAUUUGUGCUCUUGUAAUAUCCAUGCCAGAACGCUUGUGGCGUGAAUUGACACAUUCGUUCUGUUUAAUUUGUGUAAUCUUUCUGGCUAAUGUGAUUCAAUGCUGCUGGCAGUGUAAUUGUAAAAAUAUUGAAGCCAUCAUGUAGCGUCUUCUCUGGACUCUUGUUCAGGUUUUCUUGUUCAAGUACUCGAAGUAGCUUUCUUCAGGUUGGACGGGUUGAAGAGGUGUAGUAACAGGUCUCCUACAACCUGUGCAUGCCAGUGUGUGUAGUGUGGUGGUUGCCUUGGAAGUCUAGUUUUCUUGGCAAGUUUAUUCAAUGUUGUUUUCUGCCAUUAGCAUGUUUUGCAGGAGUACAUAUACGUCAAUUAUGAACGUAUACGGAAUCAAAUCACACCAUUCCGGCCUUUG